AUGUCUUUAGAAGAUAUUGUUAAAUCUCUUGCUACUAACACUCAACAAUUUCAGCAAGAGACGAGGACGAAUAUCCAGAAUUUGGUAAACCAGAAUCAAAGUUUAGCGGCCCAGCAGAAGAAUUUGGAAGCUCAAAUCGGGCAAACGGCGAUUUUGCUUAAUCGCAUUGAGAGCCAAGGUAAGUUACCGUCCCAAACUGAAACUAACCCGAAAGCUAAUGUUAGUGCCAUUACUUUGAGAAAUAGGACGGUUCCGGAUCCCAAACCCAAAGCAAGAAUGAGCGAGAGGAAAGAAGAGAAAGAGGCCGAGAUUACGAGUGACGAGUCAAAUGAAGAUAAGGUUGAAGGUAAAAACAUAGAAGACAAAGGAAAGGUGCCUGAAUUGGUCAUCCGACCACCAUUCCCAAAGAGAUUCGAGCAAACAAAGAAGCAAGAAGACAAAGAGAUUAUGGAGACUUUUCGCCGAGUUGAGGUAAACAUUCCACUCUUAGAUGCUAUUAAAAGAGUACCUCGAUAUGCUAAGUUUUUGAAGGAGUUGUGUACGAAAAAGAAGAAGUUGAUCGGGAAUGAGAAGGUGAGCAUGGGCGAGAACGUAUCCGCCGUGCUUCAAGGAGAGAAGAUGCCACCUAAGUGCAAAGACCUAGGUAUGUUUACUAUUCCUUGUAAGUUAGGUACUGUUUCAAUAGAUAAAGCCAUGUUAGACUUAGGCGCAUCUAUAAAUGUCAUGCCUUACUCGAUUUAUUCAUCACUGAAUGUGGGACCUAUUAAGAGGACGAGAGUUGUUAUACAACUCGCCGAUAGGUCCAAUGUGUAUCCCAAGGGAGUCCUUGAGGAUGUGUUGGUUCAAGUUAACGAGUUGGUCUUCUCGACUGAUUUCUAUGUCAUAGAUAUGGAGGAGCAUAAUACCUCCAAAUCACCUUUGAUAUUGUUGGGAAGACCAUUUUUGAAAACAUCAAAAACAAAAAUUGAUGUUCAUGAUGGUACGUUAACUAUGGAAUUUGAUGGUGAGGUCAUUAAAUUUAAUAUCUAUGAUGCCAUUAGAUAUCCCAGUGAUGCGUCUUUUGUCAGUUUUGUUGAUGUUUUGGAUCUUAUUACUCAUGAUUUGAAUGACUUGACUAACCGAGAUUUGUUGGAGGUUGUGAUUACAAGGCACCUAGAUGCAAGGACAGUUAAUUUGUUGAUGAAGGAGUAUGAUUUAGGGCCCGAGCUUAAAGUAAUGGUCUUAGCCAUGGAAUCUAAUCGACACAAGAAGUUUCAGGCCCUGGUACUUGAAUUGAAGGAGUUACCGGACCACCUCAAGUAUGCCUACCUAGGCAAGGACAAUACUCUACCAGUGAUCAUCUCUAAUGAGUUGUCAAGCGAAGAAGAAAAACGGUUGGUGAAUGUGCUUGAAGAGCACAAGGAGGCGAUCGGUUGGACUAUAGCUGAUAUCAAGGGAUUAAGCCCCUCAAUUUGUAUGCAUAAGAUUCUACUCGAGGAUGACUACUAG